CAUACCUGACAAAAUUUGCGGUUUCUUUGAAUUUUUCGAAAAAUAGCUCCUGGGAUUUCUCACGCAAAAUUUUCUACUAAAAUCUGUAAUUUGCACGUGUGGUUUAAAACGACCGAACUCCAAGAAGUGAAGAAAUUAAGGAUCAUAGAUGGCAGGGGCAGUAGAGAAUAACAAUGGUUAUUUACAUGGCAGAAACCAAAUGAAUGGAUCUGUUCACAUUCCAGCUCAAAGCGUGCCUGGGAACAUUGGAGCACUGUACAAUAUCCAGGGAUUGGAAGAGGCCCUGCCAGAAUGGGAAGAAGGCUUUACAGUUUAUGUUGAGGUUUUACAGCAUUCAAACAGCACUGCAAAGACCGAGACCAUAUCUGAGCAUGUAGUGUGCCUUCUACACAAGCUGGGCACGACGGUGGGAGACAUCAAGCUGACGUCGUUCGAGGACCGUUUCCUUGCUCAGCAUGUCAUCUCAGUGGCCGUUUGUGAUACAGAGCUGCAGAGUGGUUACAAGAAAACGCUGAUAGAUUUCACCAAGUCCAAGCUGAAAGUGAGUGUGUUCCAACUGAACGAAGAAGGACCCGCUGCAGAGGAACUAGAGGAUGAAGACCUUGCUGCAGCCAGUCACUGGCUUCUCCCUGCAGCGGAGAUCGAAGGCAUGUGGGAGACUCUUAUUUUUGACAGUUCAGUGAAGUUACAGCUCCUCAACUAUGCAUCUACGACACUCCUCUUCUCUGACGCUAAGGUGGAUGCAAACAUCAUCUCUUGGAACAGGGUCGUUCUCUUACAUGGUCCUCCAGGCACAGGGAAGACGUCACUAUGCAAAGCAUUAGCACAGAAACUCUGUAUACGCUUAUCAGACAGAUACAAAUAUGGACAACUCAUUGAAAUCAACAGCCAUAGCUUAUUCUCAAGAUGGUUUUCUGAAAGUGGUAAACUUGUGAUGAAGAUGUUUGCUAAGAUUCAGGAGCUUGUAGCAGAUACAGACUCACUUGUCUGUAUUCUGAUAGAUGAGGUUGAAAGUCUGACAUCUGCAAGGAAGAGUGCAUUGGCAGGUACUGAACCAUCGGAUGCUAUCAGGGUUGUCAACGCUCUCCUUACACAGAUUGACAUCAUCAAGAGGAAUCCAAACGUUUUAAUCCUGACAACGUCCAACAUCACCGAGGCAAUAGAUCUUGCAUUCAUAGACAGAGCUGACAUCAAGCAGUACAUCGGACCUCCUUCAGCGCGAGCCAUCUUCAUGAUCUUCACAUCCUGUCUAACAGAGCUUAUGAAGAAAGGUGUCAUUGGCCCAUCGCAGCAAAUUCUACCUUAUAAUACGUUAGAAGCUAUGAAGUUCAAGGAAGUAGCCGUCACUGCUCCCAGUCUCUUCCUAUUACAAAUUUCAAAAGAGAGUGUGGGUCUGAGCGGAAGAACUCUCAGGAAACUGCCAUUCUUAGCACAUGCCAUGUACUUACAAAGAUCAACAGUCACGUUACCAGACUUCCUGACUGCCCUAAGAAAGAUUGUCAUCAAACAGUUUGAGGAGAGAGAGAGUCUCACCAAAGACACAUAGCAUCUCUGAAAGUCUCUUAGAGAUUACCAUCAAAGAACUAGAAGAGACAGGUCUCACGAUAUAAUAGCACCUUCAAAAAGGUAUUCACCAAGCAGUUCAGGAUGGCUAGUGUCUCAAGAUACAGAUUCUUAAGGAGGACAUCUUUAAUCAUUUAAGGAUGGUUAUUGUCUUAAGAAUACAGAAAGGCCACUCUUACAGAAGAUAUCUCUAUGCAUUUCAAGAAGGUUAUCAUCUCAAGGAUACAAAAUAGCAGCUCUUACAGAGUUCUAUUUUCUCUUCUGUUGAGUUUCUGUCUUAAAGAACUGCAGGAACCUUAAGAUUUGCAGGAAAAGUGCUAGAGAGAUAAAGAUACCAAACACAUGAGCAGUACAGGUGAUGUGAAGGAAUUCAAAGACAGGAAAUCAGACCUCUGAAUUGUUGCCAUCAAGCAGCUCCAAAAUAGGCUGGAGAUUUACCUCAAAUGACAUCAGCCAAUACUUACUACCAUCAUGCCUUCGAGGGCAUUGGUCAGAAACAAAGGUUGGCAUUCAGGUUUGCACUGGACCAACCGCUAAGUGGACUCCUUGUAUAUGUGUCCCAGUUUUU